AUACUGAGACUCAGACUAUAAACAAGAAAAGAGAAAUUUGGAAAUGGCUCUCGAUUUUAAACGUCAACCGUGAAUUUCAAGUGAUCAGCAGCUGGUAUUCGUUUCAGGAGAUAACUAGUAUUAGAAAUGGCUGCGAACGAUUUAUCCAAAACGUUCGAUGAAAUCGAAUCGGACGAGUUGAGUGGACUAGAAACAACCGCUCCAACCGAUUUGACUCUUUCACCGGACCGAGAUGUCGACAGGCGAGAGAGAAAAACAAAAAUCACUCGACAAUUGAUAGAAAAGAAACAGUUAACACAUGAUCUUCAAUUACUUAGAAUAGAACUUUCACAAAAGAAUUUAAAUAUGGAAAACAUGAAAGCGCAAUCGUUACAAAAAGUGGAAGAACUUGAAGAGAAACUCCAUGAUGCUUUGCAUGAAAAGCAAAUUUUGACGGCACGUUUAGAAUCACAAUUAAGCAUACAGGAGCAGGAUGCGAGAAGAAGGCAGGAAUUAAUUAAAAGUGAAUUAGAAGAUGUUAGACAAAGACAAAAGCAUUUAGAAUCAACAAAUGAAAGGUUACAAGAAAAAGCUGGAAAUGUCAGAAGGACAUUGAAAGAUUUGGACGUAUCUGAAGAUAAAUAUUAUGAGCUGCGCAGUCAAAGUGAAGAAGAUGUAUCUUUGAGAGAUUUUGUUGCGAUGCGUUUGUAUGAAGCAGUACGUCCACUGAGUACAGAAAUCGAUCAGUUGCGAUUAAGGAACAAGACAUUGGAGGAGGAGACCAACGCAUAUUCCAAAGACGUAGUGGAACUACGUGAGAAACUUGAUGAGGAACGUCAGAGUCAUGGUGAAUUGCGUGUAAAACAUCAGAAAAUAUCUAUGGAAUAUGCAGAUACUAAAUCACAAGUAAAGGUCGAUAAUUACCGUGUGGAGAACUACGACAGGGUGAAAGGAGACAGAGACAACAUGGAGUCAGACAUCCUGGAUUUACAGCGACAGUUGUCAGUCCUGGAUGGAGCUCAUAAAAGUCUACAGAAGGAGAGAGAUGACCUUUAUAGUGAUUGUACAGCAGCCAAACAGUCCCUGUCACUUCUCAAACAAGACAAGGAGUACCUCACCAAACAGGUGUCCGACCUGUCUAACCGAAUCACCUUCGCCGAGGAGAAGGCUCAACAGAGCGCCCUCAAUCUAGAAGAUGCCAAAAGAUCCCGUGAAGACAUGUAUGAAAAAUAUGUCAGCUCCAGAGAUCAGUAUAAAACAGAGUAUGAAAACAAACUGAAGGAUGAAUUGGAACAAAUUAGGACACGGACAAAUGCUGAGAUAGACAGACUAAGGACAAGUACACGGGAGAUGUAUGAGCGUGAGAAUAGGAACCUACGAGAGGCAAGAGAAAUGGCCAUUUCGGAGCGGGAUAGAGCUCAGGCGGCAGAGAGAGAAACAUCAACAAAGUACGACCAGCUAUUGACCGAAUUCAGACAGCUGCAGAUGAGUGGAGAUUCUCGACUUUCUGAGCUGAAGAAUGAGGUGAAGUUGAAGGGUUUUGAGGCAGAGAGAACUCAAAUGGUACACGAACAGGCUGUGCGUAACCUGACCGAGAGUCAACUAGAUGUGGAGAAACUUCAGAAGAAAAAUGAGGUAUUGACCAAGGAAUAUUACAGCCUUCAGGGUGGUAUGGACAAACGCAUCCUAGAACUGGAAUCAGAGAUCUCGGAUAAACAAUCAAAACUGAUAGCUUAUGAGAAGAUUGAGAAAGAGCUGGAUGAUGUGGUCAUGCAGGCUGCAGAAGUGGACGAUGAACAGGAGGCAGAGAAGGUGCUAUUUUCUUAUGGAUAUGGAGCUAAUAUGCCUAGUACAGCCAAGAGGAGACUGCAGCAGAGUGUGCAUCUAGCUAGGCGGGUCCUUCAGUUGGAGAAAAUCAACACUAACUUAAAGAAGGAUGUGGAUAGAGAGAAGAGCAAGAUAAAGCAGCUGGCAGAGGAGCUAAAGAGUAGUAACUCCUUACUGGACCAAGCACAGCAGCCAUAUAACUAUCUGAUUGAGAGCAUACGACAGAGGGACGCCAGCCUUCAGAAACAGAAGGAAUACAUCAACAGUCUGGAACAUGACAAGGAAGCUUUGGAGAAGGAGAGGGAAGAUAUUGUUAGGACUAAGAAUCAGAUGUCUCUUGAUUUGGAGCGACUUCUGAACCAGAAAGAGGAAAUGUCCGUCAUGAAGCAAGUUGUGAUGAACUUGUCAAAGCAUCAGUCAGGAACUAAGAAACCAUCCGUUGUCCCACGGGACACUGCCAAGCCUAAGCCUUCAACUGUCUUUGCUCCACACAACAUGUUUGAGCCACAGGAUGACCCAAAUAUUCUCAAGCCUGGAUCUAUUUCACUGACUCGAGACAAGUCACAGUGGGCCAAAAAACUUAAACAGAAGAACAUGUCCGAACAGCCAAAAUAUUCAAAAGUUUAUGCUACAGCAACGUCAUAGCCCUUGCCUCUUCCACAACAGAGCAAUGCAAAAUAUUUGAAAACAUUGAAAAGGCAUUUGAAAACAGCAAUUCCCAACAUUUCUUGUGACAUGUCUGAAAUUGUUUUCCUACAAUAGUGAUAAUAAUGUGGUGUAAUUUCCAAGUUGUAUAUUUGAAUAUAAACAUUAAGUAAAGUGUUGUCACAAGCAUUUUAUCUGUAUCAGUCAGUCAUGAAUCUAACAUGUAUACUUAGAAAGCAUUACUGAAUUAUGCCUUUUAUUAG